CUUAUGUUAUAAUCCUUUUUGACGUUACGUUCCAGUCUCCACAUCAUUUUGCGCGCGUUUUUUCACGUCAUUCAUACUUCCUUAAACUUGAAUCCCAUUCGACUGGAUUUAACUUGUUUCUACGCAAUUUGUCGUUAUAAAUUGUGAUUAUCUCAGCUCAAAAUUACUUCUAUUAGGCGCUUUAUUCAACGACUUCUCUUAACUUCAUCCAAAAUGCCUGGCGCAGAUCUUGAAUUGAAAUUCGCCCGUCUGACUGAAAAUGCGUUUCCUCCAACUAAAGGUUCUGAAAAAGCUGCUGGUUAUGAUUUAAAAAGCGCUUACAAUUACGUAGUACCGGCACGCGGCAAGGAAUUGGUGAAGACCGACUUACAAAUUGAACUUCCUUCUGGGUGCUAUGGUAGAGUAGCGCCCCGAUCUGGACUGGCUGUGAAAAAUUUCAUCGACGUGGGAGCUGGUGUCAUUGAUGAAGAUUAUAGAGGUAAUGUUGGUGUAGUCAUCUUCAAUCAUUCGGAUCAAGAAUUUGUAAUCAACAAAGGUGAUAGAAUUGCCCAACUUAUUUGUGAACAGAUCUACUAUCCAGUUCUCAAAGAAGUAACUAAUUUGUCUGAAACCAAUAGGGCUGAUGGAGGAUUUGGAUCAACAGGGAAAUGAAAUGCUUUUUACAUGUUAACAAUAUUUUAAUAACAUAAAAUUUUAAUAAUAAGGUUUAAACAUCUGUACAAAAGGAAUGUUAACAAACAGACUAUUAUGUUCCAUUGAUUUAGUGUUUGUACUAUUUAGGGUAGUUUUUCAUUGAUCAUUAUGUUGUCAUCAUCACUUAUUUUAAGAUAAUCAGUUGAUUUAAGGCAUCUCGAGUAUGAAGAGUUUUUCAAUGUGUCAUGUAUGUUCCUACAAUGUAGAAAUUCUGGCUUUGUAUACCAGAAAUACAUUGAUAUAAGACAUUCCUCUGAAUAGUAUUCAAUAAAGUUUUUGGUUAAUGAA